UUUUCUGCGGAUGAUGAUGGAGAGCGGAGAGAGGAGCUUCUCAACGUCCAUAGAGGAUUACACCGCGGAGGCGUGGCUUCUCCAGCAUUACCGUCUGUGUGUAUUACACCAGCAUUCAUAAUGAUAACUCCGGCUUUUGACCUGAGCCAAGAUGCAGAGUACCUGAUCCUCAGCAUCCGUGUGCCCUACACCAGAACAUCAGAAUUUGACCUUUACAUUGAUGGGUCAGAUUUCAAGUUCUAUGCCAAGCCCUACUUUCUCAGAUUAUCUCUUCCUGGAAGAAUAGUGGAGGAUGGGAGAGAAAAGGCCAAAUUUGACAUUGAUAAAGGUCUCGUCACUCUUUGGGUCCCCAAGGAAACAGCCGGAGAGCACUUUGAAGGACUUCAGAUGCUGACGAGUCUCCUCGCCCCAAAAGGCUCCCGUUCAGCAAAACCACUGAUAGAGGACUUAAGCACAGGAUGCAGUGAAGCUGCCGGGGAUGAUGAAGAUGACGAUGAGGAAGAAUUUGACUGGCAGGUCGAGCAAGAGGUGUACAAGGAGAGCUCUGAGGAGGAGCUGAGAGCCCUGCCGAAAUAUGGCUUUGGUAAUCGGCGGUCUGGAGUGUUUGCAAGAUUACAGGAGGAACUGAGUGAUGUGACUGAUAUCAAGAACCCAGAAGGAAGGCCAGCGGCAGAGAGGAGGCAGGCACGGCUGGACGCAGAGGCAGCUGCUUUUUCACCUGACCAUUACCUGGCUGAUUUGUUCGAGGAUGAGGAGAUAAAGGGGCUGCUGAAGUUCAGGCCGUGGUGGGCCAAACUGAGUCCUUCUACAGAGCAGGAGGGAGAAGCUGCUGUAUCCUUCAACGACGGUGAGAAGGAGCAGCUGAGAAAAUUCACCAACCGUUCCUACCUGCUGGACAAGACGUCCCGUUACCAAGUGUGGCUCAGCCUUGUGGACAUCCUGCUGGCUUAUUCCUACGAAGUGCGCUCUACAGAGGGAGAGCACAACGUAGAGUCAGCAUGGACUAUCAGAAAACUCAGCGGGACUCUCUGCUGGCUAGAGACGUACAGCUCCCUGCAAGACGUCCUGGUGUCAUUUGGACGGAGGGUUUUGUGCUACCCACUCUACAGACACUUUUCCAUGGUCUCUGCCGUUGUUCGUGACACAAUAAAGAUUUUGCAGUCAGGGAAAGCCUGUGUCCUCAAAUGCCUGCUGGAUAUUCACAAAGUGUUCCGAGAGAACGACCCGGCCUACAUACUGAAUGAUCUGUACAUCACAGACUACUGCAUCUGGAUCCAGAGGGUCAAGUCCAAUAAGAUGUCAGCCUUGGCUUUGACGUUACAAAAAGCCUCCCUGCGGAAAAAAGACUUGGAGCUGGCACUUGAGGAACUAGAGCAGGCAGCGACAAUGGUGGCAGAGGAAGAAGGCGAGCGGGGUGCCUCGGACUGCCCUCCGAUAUCCCACAGUGACUGCAGCAGCGCUUCCAGUGACAGCAGUAGCAACUCGUCUGAUGAGAGCGAGGAAUCUGAGGCUGAAGGGCAAGGCUGCACCAAAUCCAACCAGGGAGGAGGAGGAGAGAUGUCUAAGGACAACCCUCUACAGCCCCAACCCAGCUCGGCUGCCUCCCCCAUCCCCCAGGAGCCUACGGGCACGCUCUUUUCAGCGGAGAGGAAGGUGGACGCCCUUCCCUCAGCCUCAGAAGGCUCCAGACAGCUGAUCCAGGAGCUGGGGGAACGGGUGGCGGAGGAGCUGAAAAUCUCUCAAGAAUGCAUCUACAAAGCAGAGAGAAAGUGUUCACAGGCGAACAGCGCUGCAGCGAAAACGGAAGCAACAUCUGGGAGGAGCAGCAGUGGGACUUUGCUAGAGCUGAGUCCUCGCAGAAACCCUCUGCUCAUCGUCCAAACACAGAAAGAUCUUGAUGAGUGACUUCAUCUGCUGAUAGACAAUGGUGUGGAACCUGAAAGACACUUGAUACAUUUUGAACUGUUGACUCUGUGUAAGUGAUGUAAGAUGUGUUUGACUUUGAUUUGGUUUUUAAUGACUUCAUUUCUAUAUGAUCUUUAGUGCUUCAACGCUCCUCUAAAGGACCUUAUUGUCUAUAAAGAAUUAUAUUCCCUUACUUUAUGAAUUUGCUAAGCCUCAUUUAAAUCAUUACUUCAAAUUGAUGUGGUUGUUUAAUGAUCAUACUGUUUGAUUUUAUAUGAAUUAUUUCUGCUCCUUUUUUUUAAUUAUGGAAAGUAAUUAUAUUAUUAUUAUUAUAAUAAAACAGAGUUUGUGAAUUAGAUUCAGUACGCUGACCUCUGCUACUAGUGUAGAACUUCUCUACUACCCAUGUAUGUUUCCAUACUCGUAUGAACAAAUUCACUCUAUAUAUAUCCAUGUUUGGCUUCAAUAAACAAGCCGACAAACAUUUGUCACUGUUAAUUGUUGUGUACUUCUCAGCCAAAGUGCCUGGCUGAGCUACUUUUUAGGGAGCUUUUGUUUUCCUAAUAAAUGAAAGGAAAACCUC